AUGCCGGAAGGGCCAUCUGUGAGGAGGUUUCACCGCCUUGUCUCCCCUUUUGUGGGCCAGAAGGUAGUCAAGACAGGAGGCAGCAGUAAGAAGCUGAACCCUGCCUCCUUCCAGUCUUUGUGGUUCCAGGAUGUCCAGGUGCAUGGAAAAAGAUUAUUCCUUCGGUUUGAUCCAGAGGAGGAGAUGGAGCUACCCAGCAACAGCCCACAGCCUGUACAAGGAGUGUGGCAGAAAGAGGCCCGGGGCCCAGAGCUGAUCUUGGGGCCCCAUGCUCAGGAAACUUCUGCAGGCCCCUCUGGAUCUGGGGAGCCUUUGCCUAGUGGAUCCGAUGACCCCUGUGGUCCUGGGGGGCACAACCUGUUAGCAGUUGCCCAGAGGUGGCUGGAGGUCAGAUUUGGUUUGUUUGGCAGCAUCUGGGUGAAUGACUUCUCCAGAGCAAAGAAAGCUAACAAGAGAGGUGACUGGAGAGACCCUGUGCCUAGGUUGGUACUCCAUUUUAAUGGCGGUGGCUUCCUGGCAUUUUAUAGUUGCCAGAUGUCGUGGAGUCCUCCCCCAGAGGUUGAGCCCACCUGCGACAUCUUGUCUGAUAAGUUCCAUCGAGGACAAGCCUUGGAAGCUCUGAGACAGGCUCAGCCUGUGUGCUAUACGCUAUUGGACCAGAGAUACUUUUCAGGAUUAGGGAACAUUAUAAAGAACGAAGCCUUGUACAGAGCAGGGAUACAUCCCCUCUCUCUCGGUUCGCUGCUGAGUUCUUCCUCUCUAGAGGCCCUCAUGAAUCAUGUGGUGGAGUUCAGUUCAGAUUGGCUUCGGGACAAACUCCAGGGCAAGGAACGGCACACACAGAUCUACAAUAAGGAACAGUGUCCUUCUGGUCACCAGGUUAUGAAGGAGAGCUUUGGGCCUCCUGGUAGACUCCAGAGGCUCACCUGGUGGUGCCCUCAGUGCCAGCCCCGGCUGCCAUCAGAGGAGCCGAAGAAUCUGCUGUCCUCGUAAAACACUUGGCCGUCUUCAUGGAACUUGACUCACAUGGAGGAAGAGAGAACUGAUCUCCAUACCUGGCAAUGUGCAUGAUGACACUUACACUCACAUCAAAAUAUAAUAAAAGGAUGUAAGUAUAAGCGGGUCUAUUUGAGAGAAUAAAAGGAUUGGCAAGUGUGGGAGUUGUAUGAGGGUUAAAGGGGAAUACGAUCAAAAACCAUAUACAUGUGAAGAGUUCAUAAUAAAACUCGUGUGUCGUUUAGGCUAAUAGCUUUUUUAAAAAAGUUAUUCCACUAGCAACCAUUAACCACCUAUAGAUCUUCAGGGAGGGAGCCCUUCCCUGACCCUUGCAACCCUUAACUAGAGGGUUGGUUGGCUGUUCCUCCCACGCCAGAUGGGGCCCAAUCUUGUGCAGAUUUUGCAGGCACCACAUAAAUCCUGUUGCACAUUAAUCAGAACAUGAGAGGUAUGUCCAUCAAGAGCCCAGUUCUCUUUGUUUUAGUAGCUUUGAAAAUACGAUCCAAGAAUCAUCUGCGUGUUGUCUCACAGAUGAGGGAUGGGGACGUCUGAGAAAUACUGUAGGCUGUCCCACUAGAAGCUUCAUGGGGAUCAGGAAAGCCGCAGGAAACUCCCCUCGGAGGAAAGCGAGACUCUGUUUGCCCUGUUUUCUU